CGAUGGCGCCCUCCACUACACAUUUACAUGCAGUGUCGGUGGCUGCGCUGCUGCUCAUUUUGGUCGUCUAUUGCCAUGCACCAGCUAAGCGAUGGCUAGAAAUGGGCAUAGACCAAACGUUGCCGAAGACAAAUGAGAAAUUCCCUCGCCAUGAAGAAGUGAAUACCACUUAUCCUCGAGCGAUCGCUCGCAUCCAUCGCUCUCAAAAGAUCAUCAUCGUUUGGACCCAGCCAAGAUCAGGAUCUUCUUUCACAACUGAUUUAAUUUCCAAAAUUCCUCACUCCUUCGUCCUAUUUGAACCUGUCAGCUCCAGGAUCAGAUACAAAUUUUACCAAAAACCAGUGACGAACAUAACAGAAUACCAAUCGCUUGAAAUGGUCGUUCAUUGCAAAUUCGAUUUUUCGAUGACGUUCAUUGACGAUCUGGACCACGAUUUCUGCUUCACUAUCAAUGACCUACCGCAACCUUCGUGCAACACGCCGGAGUUUCUGACGGAAAAUUGCAGACGUUCUCGAGUGCUGUUGCUCAAGGUGGUGACGCCAAGACUCGUUCUCGCCGAGCGCCUGCUUGCGGAGUACCCACAUCUUAACAUCAAAAUCAUCCACCUGAUACGAGACCCAAGAGCAAUAAUUGCGUCUGCCCGCAGAAUGCCCUGGGACAAGAACAUAAGCCUAAACGAUGAAAACAUUUUGUGUUCCAACCUGAGGAGCGACAUGAAGACUGGGGAUGUGAUAGAGAGAACUCACCCGAACAGGUUGGUCUUCAAUUAACUUACCAACUUU